CAUUUUCAAUUCUCCUAAUUCUUUCAACAUACAUAUAUAUGCAUCUAAUGAAAAAAUUGGUCUGGUUCAAAUUGAAAUCGACUCUCCAAAAUCAACGUAGAAUAGAGAAUGACGAUUCGGGUAGCUUGGUGAACAAGUCAAAUGUGAAUGAAGAGUAUGUUCAAGCCUUAAGGACUAAGUCUUAUGUAGAACUAUACAAUAAAGUUCAAGAACAACUUGAAGAUGGAAAAUUAAACGAAUCAUCGUCUUCUUCUCUUCAACUCGAUACAAAUCUAUGUCAAGAAGCGUUAUUAAAACUCCCUGAAUCAUGUCAACUUCAUCCCCUUAUUGUUAACUACUUCGAUAUUACCUUAGAAGCAUGCAGAAUCUGUGAAUUACUACUUCAAAAUGUUCAACAAACACGAGCUAAUUAUAAGAAGAUAAGAAGAGCUAUCAGAUUGAUGACAAUAGAGCAAGAAUCAGAGCAUUGUUACAAUGUAUAUAGAGAACUUGCAUCAUUUGCUUCGUUAAACAACUCUUUCUCUGUUGUUAACCAAGUUCAGAUUCUGGACACACGCGAAGGACAUGAUUUAUUGCUUCAGAAACUAUCGUUACAGUUCAGAAGAGUUAACAAGAGGAUGAAAUUCUUGAAAACUUGCAAGAGGGUGUUUGGAAUUAGUAUUGCAAUAGGGUAUACUGGGAUUAUGAUAGCUUUGUUAGUACUAGUUCUUCAUAGUAUGGUUGGUAUUAUGGCUGCCCCGGGGUUGUUAGCUUGUUCUUAUAAGCUAUUCAAGAAAAGAUCAAAGGUGGAUAAAGGGGGAAAAGGUUCGAGUUCACUGGAAAUACUAAUAGCACAGCUUGAUGUAGCUGCAAAGGGGGUGUACAUAUUGAUAAAUGACUUUGAUACAAUGAGUCGGCUAGUGAGGAGACUAUAUGAUGAAAUUGAGCAUAAUAGAUCUGUAGCUGAUAUGUGUGCUAGAAAGAAAAAUGCAGAUAUGUUGAAGGAGGCGAUAAGGGAUUACAGUAUUAACAAGGACUGCUUCAUGGAGAAGUUGAAAGAGCUUGAAGAGCAUGUUUUCUUGUGUUUCAUCACUAUAAACAGAUCAAGAAGAAUGGUUCUACAAGAAAUGGUCAGCAGAUGAGUUAAGUGCAAUUUAUUGAAUCAAAAAUGACAACAAAGACGAGUAAAUUUUUCGUGUUUUUGUCUUUAAUAAUGGAACAAUUCUUUUCCUCCAUUUUGUUUUCUUGUAAACUUAAUGGAGGUCAUAGCAAGUAAAAAUUCUUCUC